GUUAGGAAAAAUGUCUUGCCCAAGGCAUCACAAAUAGUAGUCAAUGUGAGGAUUCAAACCCAGGUCUCCAGCCUCCAAAUCCUGUUCUUUUUCUACAGUGCCAAAAGUUGGAUAAGGAGAAAUGGGCUUUAAUUGCAGCAAGAGGGAUUGGGGCUAGACAGUAAAAAGAACUCCACGGCCCCGAGAUUCUGAGUCACCGGAUCCGAUUGCAGAUGACUGUUCUGGAUCGUCAUGGCCUAGAGAUUUGGAAUCUUUGGACAGACGCCCACCUCCCCACUGGGUGAACUGAGACGGAGGCAGUUUGGCAAAAUCUCUUCUGCUUGGAUCUUACCUUUUCCCACGGAUUCUGAAGUCCAGCAUUUCCUCCAGACUGUCUCUGUCUUGGUUUGGGCCGGAAACUGCCGGGAUCCUCACAGAGCCGGCCUUGGGGAGCACCCACCCAGGUAAACAGACCCUCUGAGAGAGGGCUGACCCCUUCCCCAGAAGAUCUCCUGUAGACAAACUGAAGUCCAGGUUCCAUGCAAGGCCAGCAGAUGUGGAGACUAAGUGCCACACAGGGGGAAUGAUUUGCCCAAGGCCACACAGAGAGUGAGUGGCAGAGGUAAGACUGGGACUGAGGGCUUCUGGCCCUGGCGUGCAGAGCCUUCUAGUGGCUACAUCACGUUUGCCUCUCGGGGCUGGUGUCUGCAUAAGCUUACCUCAGGCUGGGCCCGCCUGGUCCUUGUGUCUCUGCGGCAUCUCCAACGGGGCCCCCAUGGCCUUUGCAGAACUCCUGGAACGUGUUGGCAGCCUGGGGAGGUUUCAGAUCUUUCAGAUCGUCUUUCUGGUCUUACCCAUUGUAUGUCUCACCACUCACAAUCUGCUGGAUAACUUCACAGCAGCCAUUCCCAACCAUCGCUGCUGGGUCCCCUUGCUGGACAGCGCCGCUGCCUCCACCAACGUUACCAGGGGCCUGGAAUCUGAUGCCCUCCUGAGAGUCUUCAUCCCCCUGGACAGACACCGGAAGCCAGAGAGAUGCCGUCGCUUCCUCCGUCCACAGUGGCAGCUGUUGGAACUCAAUGCAUCAACCCCAAACGCGAGCGAGGCGGACACAGAGCCUUGUCUGGAUGGCUGGAUCUAUGACCACAGCGACUUCACCUCCACCAUUGUGUCUGAGUGGAAUAUGGUGUGUGACUGGCAGUUCCUGAAGCCCAUGGCUCAGUCUAUAUACAUGCUUGGCAUUAUGGUUGGAGCCAUUAUAUGUGGUCCUGUCUCUGACAGGUUUGGGCGGAGGCUGGUACUGAGCUGUUGCUACCUGCAGAUGGCCAUCACUGGUACCUGUUCUGCUGUUGUCCCAAAGUUCACCAUUUACUGCUGCCUGCGUUUCCUAUCAGCCUUUGCUGUGGCUGGCAUCAUGAUGAACACUGGGACACUCUUGAUGGAGUGGACAAAAACCCAGGCUCGGGCCAGGGUGAUGACAAUAAAUGCCCUUGGGUUUAGCUUUGGCCAGGCCUUGCUGGCAGGGGUCGCCUAUGCCAUCCGAGACUGGUGCAUCCUCCAACUGAUCAUGUCUGUGCCCUUCUUCCUCUUCUUUCUGUCUUCAUGGUGGCUGGCAGAGUCUGCCCGUUGGCUCAUCAUCACAGGAAAAAUAGAUCGAGGGCUCCAGGCACUCAGGAAGGUGGCAGGGAUGAAUGGAAAGAAGGGUGCUAGAGACACCUUGACCAUCGAGAUUGUGAUAUCCACCAUGCAGGAAGAAUUAACAGUGACCAAGGCCCAGCACUCAACAGUGGAUCUCUUCCGAACCCCUGAGCUGCGCAAGCGGUUUUGUUGCAUGCUUUCUGUGUGGUUCGCCUUUGGUUUCACCUUCUAUGGUGUAGCCCUGGACCUGCAGAGCCUCGGGAGCAAUAUUUUCUUGCUCCAGGUACUCUUUGGGGCCAUCGAUAUCCCAAACAAGAUGGGUGCCUUCUUCACCAUGAACCACCUGGGUCGGCGCCUCACCCAAGCAGGCUCCUUGAUCCUGGCUGGUCUCUGCAUUUUGGCCAACACGGUGGUAUCCCAGGAGCUGCAGACCCUGCGGGUGACCCUGGCUGUGCUGGGAAUAGGGUUCCUGGGCUCGACCUAUACCACUCUUAUUGUCUACUGCAGUGAGCUCUUCCCCACAGUGCUCAGAAUGACUGCAACAGGUGGGGGGCAGAUGGUCGCACGUCUGGGCUCUAUCCUGGGGCCUCUGGUGAGGCUUCUGGGCCAGUUCAACCCUUUGCUGCCCCUGUUCAUCUACGGAGGUGUUCCGGUCAUCACGGGCCUCAUUUCCCUCCUCUUGCCUGAAACCCUCAACCUGCCGCUACCAGACACUAUCCAGGAUGUCGAGAGUGGGAGCCCCAGAACAAAAGGUGCUAAGCCAGGAGAGAGUGCUGUGAAGCUGACGAGGUUGUAGGACAGUACUGAGAGGCCACAGGCCAGGGCAGAGCCAAGCAUGAAGGCUGUCCCU